AUGAAUUCACUUGAACCUAAAGAGAAAAUUCAGUUGGAUGAGGUUGAAAGUCUUACCCUUCAAUAUGAUAAUCUCAACAUCAGUGAGUUGAUUGAGGUUCAAGAUUCAAUAGAUAAAGGUGAGUUGAUUGAGCUUCAAGAUUCAAUAGAUAAAGGUGAGUUGAUUGAGCUUCAAGAUUCAAAAGAUAAAGGUGAGUUGAAUGAGUUUGAAGAUUCAAAAGAGGAGGAGGAUGGAUUGAAUGAGUUUGAAGAUACAAAAGAGGAGAAGGAUGAUUUGAAUGAGCUUGAAGAUUCAAAAGAGAAGGGUAAUUUGAAACAGAAGGAUAUGACAGGAAAAAAGAAAAGCGGGAGGUGUUGGUUUAAUAGAAACUUACUUUGGUGUUUGAUGGUUUGUUUAUUUGUUGUGUAUCUUAGUAGUUUAUUCAAAAUGGGCAACUUAAAGAAAAAUCAAAUGAAGUUGCCAUAG